AAAAGUAUUUGGGCACACAUCUGAACAUGUCGAGCUCUUAAACUAAGGAAGCACGGAGCCUGUGCAUGACUUCCUUCUUCUAGUGUAGGCACUUUUUGGAUUCUCUUCUUCUUCCUUCGCCAAUAUCAACUAUAACAAUCACCACGGUACACGACUUUGAUGGAUUCUCUAGUCUUCUCUCUAAAAUUAUACCCCAAAACAUACCCUUUUCUCAUAUCUCCUCCUCCUCCUCUGCAUUCCCAAUCUUCUUCUGCCCUUCGUUUCAAUUUUAAAGCUUCACAAGUUGCGGCUGUUAAAAAACAAUCUCAGAAGAUUCGUUGCGAAUUCGAAUCCAAACUUAAUAAUGGCUCUCUUUCUCCUGAUAUGGACCCUCGCUUUCUCGACCGGCAAAAAGCAUUGGAAGCAGCAAUGAAUGACAUAAAUAACUCUUUUGGGAAAGGAAGUGUCACAAGAUUGGGAAGUGCUGGUGGAGCACUGGUUGAGACUUUCCCCAGUGGCUGUUUGACUCUGGAUUUUGCUUUAGGUGGCGGCCUUCCCAAAGGGAGAAUUGUUGAGAUAUUUGGACCUGAAAGUAGUGGCAAGACCACCCUGGCACUCCAUGCAAUUGCAGAAGUUCAGAAGCUUGGUGGCAAUGCAAUGCUUGUUGAUGCAGAGCAUGCUUUUGAUCCAGCAUAUUCAAAAGCAUUGGGGGUGGAUGUAGAAAAUUUGAUCGUCUGCCAACCUGAUAAUGGCGAGAUGGCGCUUGAAAUUGCAGAUCGUAUGUGCAGGUCUGGUGCUGUAGAUCUUAUCUGUGUUGAUUCUGUAUCCGCUCUCACUCCUCGAGCAGAAAUUGAAGGUGAGAUUGGGAUGCAGCAAAUGGGCUUGCAGGCAAGGCUUAUGAGCCAAGCACUGCGUAAAAUGUCAGGAAAUGCUUCAAAAGCUGGUUGCACUCUCAUUUUCCUUAAUCAAAUAAGAUAUAAGAUUGGUGUAUAUUAUGGGAAUCCAGAAGUCACUAGUGGAGGAAUUGCUUUAAAAUUCUUUGCCUCAGUUCGUCUUGAAAUACGCCCUACCGGGAAGAUAAAGUCUGUUAAAGGAGAUGAGGAUAUAGGGCUUCGAGUACGUGUAAGAGUGCAAAAGAGUAAGGUAUCAAGACCGUACAAGCAAGCCGAGUUUGAAAUUAUUUUUGGGGAGGGAGUGAGUAAACUGGGUUGCAUUUUGGAUUGUGCUGAAAUGAUGGAUGUUGUGGUAAAGAAGGGGUCCUGGUAUAGCUAUGGGGAACAUAGAUUGGGACAAGGAAGGGACAGAGCAUUGCAGUACUUGAGAGAGAAUCCCCAUCUUCACGAAGAAAUUGAAAAGAUAGUUCGUUCGAUUAUGGUAGAUGGAACGGUAAAUACAGGCUCUGUUUAUCCAAGGAAUUCAACAUCACCUGUUCAAGAUGAAAAUGUUUAUGAGGAAAUCUAAUUAGAGCAAAUGUAGGAAGGUUGAUUGUUAAUUGGGCAUAGCAAGCACAGGCAAUCUGAUGUAUUCCCACCAUUGUUUCUCCACUCAGUUCCAAGGUUAAACUAGUGGAAAUUGAUGGGUUUUUUUUUUU